AUGACUCAGAAAGCCAACGCCGGUGAGAAGGCCUUCCAAGAAAGCACCAAAAUUCUCUCAGACUAUCUCUCCAGCACCACAGACACCCCACCCGCAACGACUGCAUCAGCAAUCGUGACCUCUGUCAACGCCUCAUCAAAACCCGCAGAUACCGGCUUCGAAGUCACAAAUCUACUCCUAGACACAGUCGCACAAUUCUCCACCUCACACGACCCUAUUAUCGCCCUCCUUCCCGCCAUCCGCGCCAUACCCCCCACCCCAAACCCAGUCUACUACCACCUCGAAUCCAUGCACCGGGAAAACUAUGACGGCAUAUCCGGACUGCGAUAUCUCUGGAAACCGGAAGAUAAGCAAGCGACCACUACGCCGGGUGACAGAUGGGUUAAUUAUAAUGUCUUCACUGCCAAAUUGGCCACCUCUGGAUACGACAACGGCUACUUUAUGUUCGGCUUCUUUUGCCUACGUGACACGCUCGAGAAGGAAAGAGAAUCAAGAGAAGACGAGGUCGAAAAACACAUUCGCCCUUUUUCCCUCGAGCGUUCCGCGAUCGGUGCCGAUGACGUGCUAAACUACGACCUAAUAGCCGCAGCUGAUUGGGUCGUCACAGGCGCAUCUCACAUGUACCGCUUAGGCAACUCGAUCUUUGUAGAAGGGUUGGAGAGAGGUAUCGCAGUGAAGACGGACUUUUGGAACGGAGAGCCGGGGUUGUCGUCGGGAAGGUGGAGGCUGUGGCAGAGUAGGUUUGAAUAUUUUGCGGAAGAGCCGUAUGUAAAGGAGGGGGUGAGGGUGCUGUGUAAAGCGGCGGUUGUGGCGAUUGGGAAGGUCUUGUUGACAAAGGUGGAUUGA